AUGCAUUUUAAGAAGGUGGGAGUAACGGCGCAGAAGACCAUGAGGCUUCUCCCUGCAUCGGGACGCAGGGCGACGCAGAAGGUUGUUGUUGGAGAUCAGGAUGGGGUGAUUACAUGUUUCGGCAUAAAAAAAGGAGAAGCUGUGCCAGUGUUCAAGACGCUGCCAGGGCAAAAAAUUGCAAGGCUGGAGUUAGGAGGAGCUCUUAAUACACCGCAAGAGAAAAUUUUUGUGGCUACAGGAUCAGAAGUUAAAGGUUUCACAAAAAGAGGGAAGCAGUUCCUUUCAUUUGAAACUAAUCUCACUGACAGCAUCAAAGCCAUGCAUAUCUCGGGAUCGGAUCUCUUCCUCUGUGCAAGCUAUAUCUAUAACCAUUACUGUGACUGCAAAGACCAGCACUACUACCUGUCAGGAGAUAAAAUCAAUGAUGUUCUCUGUCUUCCCGUAGAGAGAGUGAAUUGCAUUACACCUGUACUUGCGUGUCAGGAUAGAGUCCUCAGAGUUUUACAGGGAUCUGAUUUACUGUAUGAAGUAGAAGUUUCUGGACCACCUACUGUUCUUGCUCUAAACAAUGGAAAUGGAGGUGAUUCUGGAGAAGAAGUUGUGUUUGGAACUUCUGAUGGUAAAGUGGGUCUGAUCCAGAUUACUGGUUCCAGUCCUGUACAUAAGUGGGAAAUUGGAAAUGAAAAGAAGAGAGGAGGUAUCUUAUGUAUUGAUAGUUUUGAUAUUUUGGGAGAUGGGGUUAAAGAAUUACUCAUUGGACGAGAUGAUGGUAUGCUAGAAGUCUAUAACUUUGAGAGUGCGGAUGAUCCGGUUCUUCUAUAUGAUCAUGCAUUAUCAGAGAGCAUUGUGUCAAUCCAAGGUGGCUGCGUAGGAAAAGAUGGAUAUGAUGAAAUUUUAGCAUGCACCUAUUCAGGGUGGCUGACGGGGCUGACUACAGAAACCAUCCAUAGAGAAGGUGGAUCUGGUGAAGAGCUAAAAUUAAGUCAAGAGAUGCAAAGCAAGAUUUCAUCCUUAAGGAGUGAACUGGAAAGCUUACAGAUAAAAGUACUCCAGGAACGUGAAAAAUACCAGCAGUCUUCUCAGUCCAGUACUGCUGUUUCAUCAGUGCCUGUGUUCAGUGUGAAUGAUAAGUUUACAUUAAAUAAGGAUGAUGCCAGCUACAGCCUCAUCUUGGAGGUGCAGACAGCUAUAGAUAAUGUCCUGGUACAGAGUGAUGUCCCAAUAGACUUGCUGGAUGUGGAUAAAAAUUCUGCUGUUGUUAGUUUCAGCAGCUGUGAUUCUGAGCCAAAUAGCAACUUUGUUCUUGCAACCUACCGAUGCCAAGCAAAUACUACAAGACUUGAACUUAAGGUUCGAUCAAUUGAAGGACAAUAUGGGACACUUCAAGCAUAUGUAACUCCAAGAAUUCAACCGAAAACCUGCCAAGUUCAUCAAUACCAGAUUAAACCACUUUCACUUCAUCAGAGAACUCACUCUAUUGACCGAGACCGACCCAUGAAUACACUGAUGCUCAAAGGCCAGUUCAGUUUUGCUGAAAUUCAUUCCUGGGUUGUGUUUUGCUUGCCCGAAGUUCCUGAAAAGACUCCAGCUGGAGAGAGUGUCACCUUUUAUUUUCAGAACACCUUUCUGGGUACACAGCUUGAAAGUACUUACAGAAAAGGUGAAGGACUUUUUAAGUCUGACAACAUAUCCACCAUAUCCAUCCUAAAAGAUGUGCUUUCCAAAGAGGCUACUAAAAGGAAGAUUAAUCUUAAUAUAUCAUACGACAUAAACGAAGAAUCUGUGAGGUAUACGUUAAAGCUUAUCCACCCCAAAUUAGAGUAUCAGCAGCUGCUGGCCAAGAAGGUUCACUUAAUAGAUGCUUUGAAAGAAUUACAAGUCCAUGAAGGAAAUGUGGACUUCUUGCUCCCUAAGUACCGUAGCAUUUUAGAAGAGUCGGAUCAGCUACUUGAGGAAUACAAGAAACAACCUGCGCAUCUUGAGAGACUUUAUGGUAUGAUCACAGAUCUCUUCAUAGAUAAAUUUAAAUUUAAAGGCACCAAUGUGAAAACAAAAGUUCCUCUUCUUCUGGAGAUUCUGGAUGGCUGUGAUCAAGAUGGACUGAUUGCUUUUUUUGAGGCUGCAGCCUGAUUUGGAAGUGACAAGGAAAGGACGCA